AUGGAACAGUCCGGAUCUACUGGGGCUCAAGUAGUCCAUGCUGUGUUCCGAGAACCAUUGCACAAGAUCCUGGAGAAGGUGAAGUGCGAACCUUUCUUUCAGUGGCCGAACAGGAUGGCAGGCGACCCCUCAAAAUGCAAUCAGAAUCUAUACUGCGCGUACCAUCAGGAGCCCGAUCACGCCACCGACGAUUGCAGGAAUCUGAAAAACUAUUUGGACCGACUUGUCCGAGAAGGAAAGCUGAGGCAUCUAUUGCACCGCCCUGAACAGUCAAAUGUCGAAACCAGACAAGGCGCAUUGAGACCACUUAUAGGCACGAUAAAUGUCAUUCUUGCCGCACCUGGGAGAACCGGUUCUGGCCCGUUCAGAGUAAUGUCAGUGGGCAGGUUUCCGACGGAGCCAGACGAAAGGGAAUCCAAGAGAGCCAAAGUGAGGGCCACGCCAUUAAUCGGGUUCACGGAGGACGACAAGCAAGGGACUAUCCAACCCCACGACGAUGCCCUAGUCGUCACGCUCAGAAUAGGAGGUUAUGACGUGAAAAGGGUGUUAGUUGAUCAAGGCAGCGCCGUAGAGGAAGACCUGUCGCCAUACGAUUCCCCCCUGGUCAGUUUUGAAGGAAAACUCGUCAUUCCGAAAGGCAUGAUUAGGCUGCCUGUGCAAACAAACUCAGACGUGGUAGAAGUGGACUUCAUAGUCGUAGAUGCAUACUCCCCCUACACAGCUAUUGUGGCCCGGCCGUGGUUUCAUGCACUGGGGGCUGUGUCAUCAACCUUGCACCAGAAAGUGAAGUAUCCGUCAGGAGGUCAAGUUAAAGAAAUAAUAGGGAAUCAAGGAAUGGCUAGGCAAUGCAUGGUGUUGGCAAUCUCACGACAAUGA